CCUCCGUAGCCUUUGACUUAUUAUAAGACCGACGACACACCCUUUCCAAUUCCAUUUCUGCAGUUUUCCUUGUUCUUAGUUGUUGACCACCCCUUCGGAUUUUACCAUGUCGCUCAGAGAGAGGCCAGGCUCGUCCUCCAACCAGGACAGAAGGGAACCCAGAUACCAUGUCUAUGUCCGACUUCCCUUCAAUCGGGGCGACUUCGUUGAUCCUCCGCCAGUGAGCUGGGACGACAGGAAAUCCGAAGCGCUAUGGACGAUUAUCUCAGGGGUAUCGCAGACAGAGAUUGACUGGCACGAGCUGGCAGUCCAGUUCGAUGUCACAGUCGAGUUCCUCCUCCAGAUGGUCUCCUAUCUGACCGAGCGACACACUGCCCAACUGCGGGCGCAGAUGAGGAAAGCCGCGAGUGGUCGCGGUUCCGCUGCUCCAUCACCGAUUCCCGGCGGCGAGCCUGUUGGGUACGCCGAAGGCUUGAGAAGAGCUGGUUCUGUCGGCGGCCGUACUUCAGCUCUCUCCAUGCGCAAGGAAGCUCUCGCUCCUAAAGACGAUGUCAAUACUCCUGGGAUACCCACCGCUAAGACGUCCUCUAACCCUUUACGACCAGCCAUCUCGCGCAACUCGUCGCAAACCACUUUGAUCCCAGGGCAGAACCCGAGCCUCGCUGCUGCCCCUCCUACGACGACAAACAACAAGAUAGCCAGCAGGCUAAGCGAUCCGCAACGCCGGAGAGUAUCACUCUUGUCCAUUAACACCAAAGACGCCUCUUCCGGUGAUGCCAUCCACGAAACAGACGAUAACCGAUCCUACCGGCCCCCAGAAUCGCCAUCGCCAGUCGCCUCCACAUCACCAUCCUCCGACGAUUCAGACUAUGCCGAGCAGAUGCAAAGCCGCUACAUCCGCCGUCCUCCACGCUUUCAAUCAGCGGGCCAAAGUAAAGCUUCUGACGAUGACGAUGACGAGCUCGCUUUCCUCCCUCCUACUAGGACCAGACAACACCAGCAACAGCAACACCAGCAACAGCAACAGCAACACCAACCAAAAUUCCAACAACGUCAUAACAGUGACAACAACAGCAACAACCCAACAGGCUCCACCUCAACCUCAGACGGCAGCGGCGCUCUAGAUCUCUACGCAACCGUGACCAAGCUCCCUCUGAACUACCGCGACCAUCAACCGUCCCCUCGAAAUAGGAUAGGGUCGUCUGGAUCACAAAAUCAGCAGCAGCAAGUUAGUCACGGUCACAGCCUGAGCAGUACGAAGAAUCAUCCCCAAUUAUCCACGAUCCAAUCGCAAACAUCAGACUCGUCUACCAGCUCGGCGGCCAUCAUUCCUAGCAACCCACGUCGACUUGCUAGCGGUGAACUGCGUGUAGGUACGAGUGGUGCAGGUGGUACAGGUGGACCUGGAGCGAGACUCCCCGGCCCACUGUCCCCAAGAAGGAUAGAUAUGCUGUCAAGAGAAGGGAGCGAAGGGGCGCCGAGUAUGGGGAGUAGUUUUAGUGAUCUUGAUGGUGAGUUUAGUGGUUUCAGUUGUUCCCUUGUCCCAAAGUCUUUCCAUCAUCCUGUCUCCUUUUCCUCUCUUUGAAGACAUGGAUGUGAAUAAACGACCGGCAUGUUGACCAAACUCUUCAAUGCAGAUGCCUCGGUAACUCAGUCAGCACUCGAGGAAGCUCUAGCCAGUAGGAUGCAGGAUGGAACGAUUGGUAGUCGGAUGAGCAUGAUUGGGCACACCAUUAGGAGCAAAUACUUGCCCAGUAAGGGGAAUCGUCCCUAGAGGUAGACGGAGACGGUGAGCAGACACUUCUUUAUUGAGCGUUGGACAAGCCACGUAUGUUUCCUGCGGCUAUGCGAGUGUAGUGUGCGAGGCUCGUCCCUGACAAAAUCGUUGAGACCUUAACCGAAUGGAAGUAAAGAUAGACCGAACUCAUUACAGU